UUGUACCUUUCUCUCAUUUUUGACAAAAACCCACAUUAAGCCUUUCCUUCUUUCUAUCUUGAUCUUUCAAAAACAGAAAAAAUGUUCGGUGCCCGGAGCAAAACCGACCUUGCUUUGGAAUUGCAAGCACAAUUCCCAAUCUUAAGGCCGAGCAUCCAUACAAGGAGGGCUAAUCUUACAGUGAAAUUCGAAGACCUUUAUGGGUUCACUGUUGAAGGCAAUGUGGACGAUGUUAAUGUGUUGAAUGAGGUGAGAGAGAAAGUAAGGCAACAAGGGCGAGUUUGGUGGGCACUUGAAGCAAGCAAAGGAGCCAAUUGGUAUUUGCAGCCACAAAUUUCUUCGAUAUCUGAAGUGAUUGUGUUGAAAUCUUCAAUCAAGUUGUCAGCUCUGGCUAAUUCGAUGACAUUGAAGAAGCUUAUUAGGAAAGGUAUUCCCCCUGUGCUUAGGCCUAAGGUUUGGUUUUCGCUUUCUGGUGCUGCUAAGAAGAAGUCUACGGUGCCUGAAAGUUAUUAUAAUGAUUUGACAAAGGCGGUAGAUGGUAAGGUCACACCUGCUACAAGGCAGAUAGAUCAUGACCUUCCACGAACCUUUCCCGGUCAUCCAUGGUUAGACACUCCAGAGGGCCAUGCAACUCUCCGACGUGUGCUUGUGGGGUAUUCUUUUCGUGAUUCUGAUGUAGGCUACUGUCAGGGCUUAAAUUAUGUUGCUGCAUUGCUAUUGCUUGUUAUGAAAACAGAGGAAGAUGCAUUUUGGAUGCUUGCCGUCCUCCUCGAAAAUGUUUUAGUUAAUGACUGCUAUACAAAUAACUUAUCUGGAUGCCAUGUUGAGCAAAGGGUUUUCAAAGAUUUGCUUGCCAAGAAGUGCCCAAGGAUUUCUGCUCAUUUGGAAUCAUUGGAAUUUGAUGUCUCCCUCGUCGCUACUGAGUGGUUCCUUUGCCUCUUUUCUAAAAGCUUGCCUUCAGAGACAACUCUGCGGGUGUGGGAUGUCCUAUUCUACGAGGGGGCAAAGGUUCUAUUUCAUGUAGCUUUGGCUAUAUUUAAGAUGAAGGAAGAUGAGUUGCUUCUAACGCAUCAGGUUGGCGAUGUUAUUAAUAUAUUACAAAGAACUACCCAUCACCUUUACGAUCCUGAUGAGUUAUUGACGGUUGCGUUUGAUAAGAUCGGUUUUAUGACGACAAACACGAUAUCAAAACAAAGGAAAAAGCAAGAACCAGAAGUAAUGAAAGAGCUUGAUCAGAGACUAAGAAGACUAAACUCUCUCAGAACUGAUGACAAGUAACAAUUUCUUGAAUGAACUUAAAACUCGUGUUGUCAUUGCCAAGGACCAGGUAAAAUGUAAAUUUUGUAGCCCAUACGCAGUUUUAAACAGUUCAAGUUUCUUUGCUAAUGAAUUCAGUGUUGAGUUUUGAUUCCA